AACAGCAAAGAGAGAGAGAGAGAGAGAGAGAGAGAGAGAGUUGGAGGACGGAGUUGGUCCAGGUCCUCGCACCCCACGCGCUUUGAGCAGAUGGCAUCAGUGCUAUCGUGUUCAGCCACGCUCCCAAUCACAGCUCAACACUGAGGCUGCUCCAGCUGUAUUUGCCAGAAGACUGAGAUGCAAAGCCUUGUGGGAACAGCGGCUUCAGGAACCUGACCAAAGUAUACAUGACUCACAAUCCGUUUUAAAGCUCAUUACCUGAGAGUCAAGAAUGGUCAAGAAGUUCAACACAGCUUUCAGAGAUGUUUCCCAACAGACCUGCUGAAGGUCAUUUCUAUAGUCUGAGUGUUUGAGGUGGUGUUCAUGAAACUGCAGUGAAGCCUGGAGUACUGUUACAUCGAUAGCCACCUCUUAUGCAUGUUUCAUCAGCUGGGAGGAGAACAGAGCCUUCCUUUGUUAUCCAAUACAUCCAAUCCACUGUCUAAGUACUGACCGUAGGCCUCCUCUACCCUGCCUAACUUUUUCGCAUUUUUUUUCCCACCUCCACCAAGUUAUUUCCCUGUACUAUCAUCCAAACACUGACAGGUGUUCUUUAUCAGACUCCUACAAGACGGAAGAGCUUCAGAUUCUACGCCGAUUAUCAAGAAAGGCUUGAUAACUUUUACAGGACUGGAUGUUCACCUUUUUUCAUUUUGGGUUUAUUUUUACAUCGCCAUUGAAAAAAAGACUUUCGCAGCCUCGUAGACGCCACUGAUCAUCCUAACACCUCCACUUCCUCUUGACCAUCUGACCCGGACAGCUUGACAGUUUGCCUCUCACAUAUCGCCUCUUUUUCGUUCUGAGCCGAGGCUCAUUUUAACUUCUUAACGGUGAUCACAGCGGCAGGGGCAGUGAGCUCGGAGCAUGACCGACACCCUUCGGCCACCGUCUUUCCAGGUGCACGUCCCCCGGGACGAGCCCAGUUACGGAGAGGAGGAGGAAGGCGGGAGCGGAGGAGGACAUGACAGUCUCGUCUGGUCCAGCUCUUCCACCCCUACCCUGCGGCGCCGGCGUUUUAAAAUGAAACGAAUGAAAAAGCUGCCCAGCGAGCGUGAGAGGCUUGAGAACGGGCUAUUGAGGCACCCUAGCUCACGCUCUGCUUCCAAAGAAUACCUUCAGCUUCCCUCCAUCGAGAUCACGCCGUCCAGCGACGAGGACGCGGUCUGGUCAAAUAGCUCCACCCCGAGCGCCUCACCUCGCCGCAAACGCUUCCUACUACGGAAGUGGCUAAAGGUGCGAGAGAAGAAGGAGCAAGUCAGUGAGAGCAGCAGUCAACAGAGUAGCCAGCAGAGCAGCCAACAGAGCAGUCAUGAAGACGACACCAGCCGCUUCCUGACUCCGUUCAUCCGUGAGGAGAGCACUGCCAGUAACUCUAACCGGAGUUCCCCUGCUUGCUCUCCGGUUCUGCGGAAGCGCUGUCGAUCUCCCACUCUGCAGAACAUAGAGACAGACAACAACAACAUGGUGGAGAAAAGCUCAGAGCACUCCGACAACUCCAAGUCACCCUCCACCCCUGAGCAGCUGGUCACACGCACCUUCUCCGGGCAGUCAACACGGAGCGGGGGCAAGAACUCGAAGUCUCACAAGCGACUUUCCAAAAAAAGCCAGAGCUGGUACAAUGUCCUCAGUCCUACAUAUAAACAACGCAAUGAAGAUUUCAGGAAACUCUUUAAACAGUUGCCAGACACAGAGCGUCUAAUCGUGGACUACUCAUGUGCUCUGCAGCGGGACAUCCUUCUGCAGGGCCGUCUCUACCUCUCCGAAAACUGGAUCUGUUUUUACAGCAACAUCUUUCGCUGGGAGACGCUGCUUACGGUGCGUCUGAAAGACAUCUGCUCUAUGACGAAAGAGAAAACAGCACGUCUCAUUCCUAAUGCCAUCCAGGUGUCCACAGACACUGAGAAGCACUUUUUCACAUCUUUCGGUGCAAGGGACAGAACGUACAUGAUGAUGUUCAGACUUUGGCAGAAUGCACUGCUGGAUAAGCCCCUUUGCCCUAAAGAACUCUGGCACUUUGUACAUCAAUGCUAUGGCAAUGAGCUGGGACUCACCAGUGAUGAUGAAGACUACGUUCCUCCUGAUGAUGAUUUUAACACCAUGGGGUACUGUGAGGAAAUCCCAGCAGAGGAGAAUGAGAUCAGUAAUGAUAUCUCCAAGAGCAGCAGUGACAACAAGCUAGACAACGGUUCUCCUUUAUCACACAAAAGAUCCAACACCUCCACCACACCUCCUAGCAGCACUGACACCCCACUGUCUUUUGACAUUGCAGCUGAGGAAUACACCGACUGUCUGCCUGUUGCUGAUCUGCUGACGCUCCCUCUGCUGGCUGAGGAGGGGAACUGCGAGCCGGUCGGCCCUCUGGGCCCGUUGCCUUCGCCUUCCCUCGACUUCAAUGAUAAUGAGGAUAUACCCACCGACCUCAGCGACUCCUCAGAGACGAAUGAUGAAGAUGAGGUUCAAGCGUUUCAUGAAGAUCUGAACGGUCGACAGUACAUCAAUGAGGUGUAUAAUUUCAAUGUGGAUAAGCUGUAUGGUAUCCUCUUUACUGAGUCACAGUUUAUGAUGGACUUUAUGGAGCAGAGAAAAUUCACAGAUAUUGUUUGUAACCCGUGGAAGAAGGAGGAUGCUGGAAACCAGACGAGAGAGAUAAUGUACACCAUCUCCCUGUCCAACCCACUGGCUCCUAAAACAGCUACAGUCACUGAGACUCAGACCCGGUAUAAGGCCAGUCAAGAGAGCGAGUGUUACAUCAUUGACGCAGAGGUCAUUACUCAUGAUGUCCCGUACCACGACUACUUCUACACCCUGAACCGCUACAUGCUAACACGGGUGGCUAAGAACAAGUGUAGGCUGAGGGUUUCUACAGAGCUUAGAUACAGAAAACAGCCUUGGGGUUUGGUGAAGGGUUUCAUUGAGAAGAACUUUUGGAGUGGGCUAGAUCAGAAUUUUAAAAGCCUUGAGCUGGAGUUGGCAAAGAUGGAGGAUGCCCAGAUAGAAUCCCACAGGCCAUCUCCUAAAAUUAAAUCCACCCUGAGGAGAAGAAAAAGACCCCUCGCUCAUCACCGCACGGCUCAUUUGGAUGAGACCCUCAGCCCUGUCACCACGCCAACAGAUGAGGAGGUCAUCCAACGCAUCAAACACGUGGCAGGUUCCACCCAAACAAAACACAUUCCUGAGCACACGUUAGGGGGCAGAGUUUUCUGCAAUCUCUCCAAACCAUUACUCAUCAUCUGCUUUGUUCUGUUGCUGCUGGUGUUUCUGAAUAUAAUGCUGUUUUAUAAACUCUGGAUGCUGGAGUAUUCUGCUCAGAGUCUCACCAGCUGGCAGGGCUUACGCUUACAUGAGAGCAGUAAACUACCACAGACUCAGAUGGAGUGGGCUCAGCUCCUCGAGUCCCAGCAGCGAUAUCAUGACGCAGAGCUGCAGAAAUGGAGAGAGAUCAUCAAAUCAUCAGUACUGUUAUUGGAUCAGAUGAAGGAUUCCUUACUGAGCCUACAGAAAGGGGUGGGUUUGCAGGAUUACAACCCAGAUACAGAAGAGAAGAGGAGUCGAUAUUACUGACAACUACUCUCCGGGCCACCAGGGCGCGCUGUGCAAUGUAGAGCCACGUAUGCGAGUUUGUGUCUACAAAUGUGUGUACAAGACCACGACAAGCAAAAAUCAAAGGCCCUUAUGUACAUGUAAGACUAUGCAUACUAAACACUGGACAGAGACCAGAAGUCGUCACGGACCAAUUACUGCCAUCACUCCAAGUGGACAGACCUGGGGCCCUAUCUGUCUCAUGGAAUUGUGGGAAUGUGGGUCCACCACUGUUCCGGUUUUCUUUGAGGAUGCGUUACUUGUAUCCUCUGGUCUGAGGAACAAGGGUUUGAAUUGAAUUUAUGAAGUAAAUGAAGAGCAUGCUUUUUAAAUGUCAAAUCCUUCUGCACACCUUUAUUUUGAUGUGGUUUUAAUUUUGUUGUUUUUUACAAAAAAAUUGUAUUUUAGCCUGUAGGGCUUGAAUCUCCUGUAUUGGUAAAGCUGCAAUGUCCCUUUUUCGAAAGCAAUGGUGCAGGUAAUGAGAUUAUAAAGGGAUUGUAAUAUCAUCUCACUGAUGCUAUAUUAUCAGGGCUGGUUCCUUGAUAAAGCUGAGCUAGAAAGUUUCAUGUUUCAAUUCAGUACGGCAAGUUUUAUUAAAUAGUGUAUAUGCAGGCCCACACUGAAAUAUUAUCAAAUAUUUUGCCUUGUCCAUUUAGCUACACACUAAAAGUAUAGUGCUCAGAAUUUGUUUGAUACAAAACCUUUUACUGCAAAUCCAUCCUGCAAAAACAAGUGCACAAAUUGUUUGCGCUGUGCUGGAUUUGCACUACGACAGGCCAGUGAAUAAUUGCAAAAAGGGACACGGCAGCCAGGAGUCGGAUGCAUUUUUUGUUUGCGUUUCAUGACUAAACUGUGAGAUCUGAUUUAUAUGUAAAUGUAGAAGAAUUCUAUGAAUAUGUUUUGAAAUAUAUACUUGAUUCAAAAUUUAAUAUAUAUUUCAAUAUAUAGAGAGAUCGUUGCAGAUAUUUAUUGUUAAUUUAUGUACAUAGGACACUUAUCAAAGCUCUAGACAGGCUAAAGAGUUUAUAAUUGUUAAACUGCGUUUUCUCCAUCAACACGCACAAGCGCGUUUGAGACGUGUCUGUGUGCGUGCGUGUGUGUGUAUUGUAAGCAUAUACACAAGUGAUGUCUAUUUUGGUGAAUGUAAAAGUGUGUCUGUGUGAAGUUUUAAAUCAUUCCACUUAUGUCUUGUGUCUUCCUACUGGCACAUGAAGCCAAACUGCCUUUUUCUUGCCCGGUAGCUCAGUCCAAUGGGCGUCUGUUUACACAUCUGCCUGGCUUCAGAAAGCUGAGCGGUCCCACAUUGGCAAAUUUUUUAACCAUUUUUAGCUCAGCAGUCCGAACGGACGUGCAAACACCUUUUCGGUUUUUAUUUAUUUUUUUUUUUUUAGGUGAGCGAUUGUAAAAGGUUAUUCACAUUGCCCCGAUCUAAAAGCUCAUAUUUAUUGUAUCAUCAGUCUAAUUAAAGAAAAGUUAGGGAUGGAAAGUGGAGAUGAUAUACUGUUUUUUUUAUAGAGCUAAAGUGCUCUAGCCUAAACCAAAUAUAGUAUUUAUAGAAGGUAGAAUUUAUUUAUAUUCUGUAUGAAAUGCAGCGGUUCCCUUUUUAUGCAGACCGGGGUCAAUGUAAGAUGUGAAGAGAGGAUCUGGAGGCACUUUAUGUCCAAACAUUUUAGGACAGUAAGCAUAGGGCAUAUGAUAUUACACUCCAGCUACAAACCAGAUGCUGUCGUAUUGAUGAAUGAAUGUAAGAAAGGUAUUUUUGUCCAUAAAGCAUCUACAGUCAUGUCAUUUGAAUCAUGAAUUGCUUCAGAAUCGGAUGGAUGAUUUUUCUAAUCUGUAGUGUUUUUAUGUUCAGUGUUUCAAGCAGGUAUUUUAUUCCAGAACUGAAGUUUCUCGCAGUUGAACUACUGAGAUAUUUGAAGUUUUUUAUUUUUUAUUUUCACUUGAUGGUUGCAUUACUGUAUUAAAAAAAAUCUCCUCACACUGUAAAACGUGAAAAGUUGGUUCAACUUAAAAAGUUGCUUUAAUUGGUUACACCUAAAAAUGUAAGUUUAUUCAACUUUACUUUAGGUCAAAAAUUUAAUUUGAAUAAACGUUACUAAUUAAAGUAAGGUUUUAAGUUGUACCAACGUUUUACUUUUAACAGUGCAUUUGCAAAUCUUAACAUUAGUUAAAAACUUUUUUAUUGCAUUAGAGUACAGUUGUGGGGUGUGUAUUCUGCAACAUGGUUUUGAUUUUUAGUUCACAAUGUGUGUUUAGAUGAGUGUAUAAAUGGUUGGUGUUUUGGAAAUGAUGAACGCUACUGUGAUUUAAAACGCAAAUGAAAUCACUGUCACAAUCAUAUUCACUGUACUGUAUGUGCAUGAGUGUGUUUCGAUGCCUCAUGUGAAAAUAUUUGAAUGCAUUGAAUGAUUUUUUUUUUUUACUAGAAAACAAAACAAAAAGUCAUUUACCGAUUACAUAUUAUGUUGAAUCCACAACAUGAGCACAUGACUGAAUUUUCUUUCAGCCUGAUCAUCAUUAUUUGCGUAUAUGCAGCAUUUUCUCUUGAUGUAUUUGACCAAAGACUUGAGCAAGUUUUUGCAACUGAAAAAUGUGCUGUCGAUUAGAAAUGAGUCUUGGCAACUGCUGGUGAUUUAGCAACUGUUUCAAAGCAUGGUUAUGUUUUGGACAAACUCACAAAUCAACAUGACAUUUUAUUUUCUUGAAAACAUUUGGAUUAACUGUCCAUAACAUCCCGUAACUGGUGUAGCAAUGACUUCAUAUUCCUGUAUUUUUAAUUUUAAGAUCUGUUUUUAUGUCUAAACAACACUGAUUUGUACGUGAUCCAUAUGCACUGUCCGUUCACUGACAUAGGAAACUGAACUGUGCUGUGCGCAGUUUUCACUCUACCAACAACUUUGUCUAAUAGAGACUCUUGAUUCAGUGGCAUUCUGAUCUAUGUUAAGUAGACAGAUUACAAAAAAUAAUAAUAAAAAAUACCAGAAAAAUA